AUGAAGGCCUCUAUCAUCGCUGGUCUCUCCCUUCUGGGAGCGGCCAUGGCUGCCGAUGUCCCCUCUAUUGAGAUUAAGGGCAAAAAGUUCUUCUACUCCAACAACGGCACCGAAUUCUUCAUCCGUGGUGUUGCCUAUCAACCCAACUUCACUGGUCGCAACGGUGCUUCCGGCAAGGACUCAUACACCGACCCGCUGGCCAUCGACAGCUGCAAGCGCGAUAUUCCCUACCUGACCCAAUUGCGUACCAAUGUUGUCCGUACCUACGCCGUCGACCCCAGCAAGGACCACGAUGAGUGUAUGACCGCCCUCGCCGAUGCCGGUAUCUACCUCAUCACCGAUCUGUCCUCGCCCAGUGAAUCCAUCGAAUCCGACGACCCUACCUGGAACUCGGAUCUCUUCACUCGUUACUCCCAGGUCGUCGAUGCCUUCGCUAAGUACCCUAACGUCAUCGGCUUCUUCGCCGGAAACGAAGUCGCCAACAAGGUCAACAACACCAACUCCAUGGCAUACGUCAAGGCCGCCGUCCGCGACAUGAAGUCCUACAUCAAGCAAAAGGAUUACCGCAGCUCCCUCGCCGUCGGUUACGCCACUGAUGACGAUGCCACCGUCCGUGAAGCCGUCUCCAACUACCUGAUCUGCGACGAAGCCGCCGACUCCAUCGACUUCUUCGGCUACAACAUCUACGAGUGGUGCGGCGACUCCACCUUCAAGGAAUCCGGCUACGAGGAGCGCACCAAGGAAUUCAAAGACUACCCCGUCCCCGCCUUCUUCUCCGAGUACGGCUGCAACGAGGUCCGUCCCCGCAAGUUCACCGACGUCCCCGUCCUGUACAGCGACAAGAUGACCGACGUCUGGUCGGGCGGUAUCGUCUACAUGUACUACGAAGAAGCCAACAAAUACGGUCUCGUCUCCGUCGACGGCGACGACGUCAAGACUCUCCCGGACUUCAGCAACCUCUCCAAGCAAAUGGCCUCGGCAACCCCGACUGGCGUGGAAUCCGCCAAAUACAGCGCCUCCACCACGCAAGCUGCCCCCUCGCCCAACGCUGACCUCUGCGAGUGCAUGGUCAACUCCCUCGAAUGUGUCCCCAACUCCGAUAUCACCGACAAGGAAGUCGGAACGACCUUCAGCUACCUCGGCGGCGAGGACGGUGUCAUGAACGGUGUCAAGCACAACUCGACUUCCGGUACCUACGGUGCUUACUCCAUGUGCUCGGCUAAGCAGCGUCUGGCCUGGGCUAUGAACGCCUACUACCAGAAGAACAAGGGCAAGGCUGGUAGCGAGGCUUGUGGAUUCGAUGGUGUCGCUAAGACUAAGAAGUCUACCUCUGCCUCUGGCUCCUGUGCUACUCAGAUGAGUGCUGCAGGCUCGGCUGGUACUGGUGCUGUCAGCGGUGGUCUUGCUGCUAGCACUGGUGCUGGUGCUUCUGGCUCUGCUUCUGCUGGUGGUGCUACCUCCUCUGGUAUUGCUGCUGGUACUGUUCCCCAGGCGGUGAACAUCGGUGUCUGGCAGGCUGGUGCUUAUGCCGUCGCUGCUGUUGCCUCUGGUGUCUUCAUGAUCAUGCUGUAA